UCUGCAAUUUUUUUUUCUCUAAACCCCAAAACCCUCCCUUCUCUCGCUGAAUUGACGUUCAUCUUCAUCCCAAUUGACCUCCUGCAACAAGCAUAAAACCCUUUCAAAUGAAAGCUUUGAGAGCUUUAAGAACACUCUCAACCUUCCCAACAAAACCCCACCGAAACCCCACCUUUCUCCACCGCCUCUACACCGCCCAGCCUCAGCAAACGCUCAAUGAAACUGAAGGUGAUUCAGUUUUUGACAGUUCCGAUUAUGCAAUACCGAGCCUGGACGAUACCCACAGCGCUGAGAAGAAAGAACCCACUUGGGAUGAGAAGUUCAGGGAGAGAGCUGAUAAAGUAGUGUUUGGGAAAGGUACCCAGAAGGCGAAAGUUAGAAUUUUUCAGGAAGAUGAAGAUGAGAGGAAGAAUAGAACUCUUGCUAGGGCUCUACUUGAGGCUGCUUUAGUGAGAGAAGAGGAAGAAGAUGAAGAGGUUAAAGAGGAGGAUCAGAGGUCACUCUCUGUUGGGAUUAUUGGAGCUCCUAAUGCCGGAAAAUCUGCUCUUACUAAUUUCAUGGUGGGGACAAAGGUCGCCGCUGUUUCACGGAAGACAAACACAACAACUCAUGAAGUGUUAGGAGUAAUGACCAAGGGGAAUGCCCAAAUUUGCUUUUUCGAUACCCCGGGACUUAUGUUGAAGAAAAGUGGGCUUCCUUACAAAGAUAUAAAGGUUCGCUUGGAAAGUGCUUGGAGCUCAGUUGAUCUAUUUGAGGUGCUCAUGGUUGUUUUUGAUGUCCAUAGACAUCUCACCAAGCCUGAUUCAAGGGUUGUAAAAUUAAUUGACCGUAUGGGUGCCCAAGCUCAUGCAAAACAGAAGCGGAUUUUAUGUAUGAAUAAGGUUGAUUUAGUUGCAAAGAAAAAAGACUUACUAAAAGUUGCUGAGCAAUUCAAAGAUCUUCCUGGGUAUGAAAGGAUUUUCAUGACCUCCGGACUGAAGGGUGCUGGAAUAAAAGAUCUUUCCCAAUAUUUGACUGAUCAGGCAGUUCAAAGACCUUGGUCUGAAGAUCCACUAACUAUGAGUGAAGAAGUUAUGAAGAACAUUUCAUUGGAAGUUGUACGGGAAAGGUUAUUGGACCACAUACAUCAGGAAAUCCCCUAUGGUCUUGAACAUCGGUUGAUAGACUGGAAGGACUUGCGAGAUGGUUCUCUCAGGAUCGAACAGCACCUUAUUACCAACAAGCUAAGCCAGCGAAAGAUUCUUGUGGGGAAGAACGGCUCUAAAAUUGGGAGAAUCGGCAUCGAAGCUAAUGAAGAGCUACGGUCCAUCUUCAAGAGACAAGUACAUCUAAUUCUCCAGGUCAGACUCAAGUGAUGUGCUCAACAAAUAUAAUCAAUCAUCAAGAAAUGCUCUUAUCUCCAACUGUACCAUCUGGAUGUGUAUAUAUACAGAGCCCCAUAAGGUACACUUGUACCCGUGAUCUUCUCAUUUUGUUUCCUUAUGAAAAAGCAUCUAGAAUAGGAGCUUUCACUGGCAAUGGUUAUCGGGGUAACAAAUGAUCGAAGAGCUCCGUAUCUUCAGAGAAAAUCCCCGAUUGUUUUCUUCUGGAUUAUGUUUAUCUUGCAAAAUUUUGUUAAGAUGGAUUGCUUACCCUUUUUUAUCUGGAUCCACUCUGAUAUUUACAUAUUCUGUAUUCAUGUACAACUGGGAUGACCUUAUUCAUGAGAAAUAUUAUAUUAAUUUGU